CGUGAAGGAGUUGCAGCAGUUCCUAGGCUUCGCUAAUUACUACAACAGGUUCGUGCCACAGUAUGCGAAACUCGCGGCACCACUCACGAAUCUGCUGAAGAAGAACACGCCCUACAAAUGGGAGACGAAGCACCAGGAAGCCGUGGAGCAGCUGAAACAAGCACUAACGUCCGCACCGGUGCUCAUCUUGCCAGAUCCCGAACGCGACUACGUAAUCGAAGCUGACGCCAGCGACCAGGCAGUGGGAGCAGUCUUAAUGCAAGACCAGGGGAAUGGACUGCAACCAAUUGCCUACCUCAGCAAGAAACUGCACGGGGCAGAACUCAACUACCCGAUACACGACAAAGAGGCUCUUGCUAUCGUCAUCGCCUUCAAAGCGUGGAGAUGCUAUCUCGAAGGACGAAGAACAACCGUCUACACCGACCACUGCAGCCUGAAAUAUUUGAAGACACAACCCAACCUUUCCAGGCGGCAGGUCCGGUGGAUCGACUUCCUCGAGACACACUUCCACUACGACAUCGUGUACAAGCCCGGCCACAAGAACAAAGCAGACGCUCUCAGCCGGCCUGCACACCAGUCAUGACGCCAUCCUUGUCGUCAUUGACAAGUUCU